AAAAGACACCAGCGAACAACUGCGGACUACGAUUAUUAUUUCUAACGAGGAAUAACGAAAUAUACCGAAGUCUGACUGUCAUCCAAGAUAUCUCCCCGUGGCCCUAAGUUUGGGAUGGUGGGCUCUUCAAGCUUGCCUCCAUUGGCCGGACUGAUACUAUGGAUUUUGACCACCGCUCCUUCUUUUACUACGGCAAACUUUUGCACGCUUAAAGAGACAACAGAAGUGAAUAAGACCUCCCCAUGUAAAUACUACUUGGAAGACUCCAUUCUCGGAUGGACGUUCAUUCCGUCCCGACAGCCCCCUCCGUUGUCGUUGUUGUCCAAGAAAGAUAUGAUGGACGUCAUCUUCAAAGGAAUGUCAACAGGCGACGACGAUCUUCAAUGUUUCUUCAUUAAACAGGAAACAAAGGAGGUCACUAAAUGUUGCAUUGGUUACCAAGGAGAUGAUUGCACAGAAGCAAUAUGUACGCCACCUUGCGAGAAUGGCGGAAUUUGCGCAGACCCGCAAUCAUGUGAAUGUCCCUCAGAUGGUCGCUACACUGGUUGGCGUUGUGAUAACGACCAAACUCUGACUGGAACAAAUCUUGGAUUUUGUUUCACAAGUGAUAACUGCUACGGGAGAAAAUCCAACGCAACAAGUGAUGGCGGUGUGAUAUCUUCAGAGGACUGCUUUGCUUCUUCCGAUGCUAAGUCCUGGGGAAAUGGUACAAAUCCUGAAGAAUGUAUCUCCAAAAAUCAAACUAUUCACGAAUAUGAACAUGUCGUGCAUACGGCAAACCUCAAUUACAGAACUUGCGUCAGCUCAGGACCCCAUUACUGGAGAACAUUGGAUGGAGCACAGUAUGAGUUCAGUGGCCAGUGUGAAUAUUUCAUGUUCAGGAACGCCGACAGUACCAUAUUUGUUAGCGUUGACAUGUCCCAAUGUACUGGCUUCGUGUCAUGCUCCAAGACUGUUAAAAUGAGCUUCUCCGAGAUCGAAUACGAGGCUGUUGGAGACAAUGUCGUGAUGAUAGACAGUCAGCAAGUCAGGACGACCCUUGAGCUACCAGCUAGCCCAGAAAACGGGGUUUCCUUUACCGAAAAGAACGGCUACGUCUACGUGAACGGAAAGGGUAUUCGAGUAAAGUGGUCCGUAGAUGGCAGCAAAGACAUCAAGCUGACAAUCCAACAAACCUACAUUCACUUGGAUGAAAACGACAACGAACCACUCGGCCUCUGUGGUAGCUACAAUCAAGAUCCAUCAGAUGACUUCAAAACAGAAGUGGACUCAGAACCCGAAAAAUCGCCAUCCCUCUUUGCAACUCAUUUCAAAAGGCGUAAUAUUUUAAACCCUAAAUGUAAAACGGGACCGUAUAAUCCAUCUUGCUCAAGUUCUCCAGUGAUACAGAGAGAUGCUAGGCGGUAUUGUAAUUACAUCAGCACUAGCAUGUUCGCAGAAUGCCAUUCUAAGGUAGCUUGGUAUGCGCACUUUGAUCGUUGUGUGACAAAUUUCUGCGGAAUGAAACGAGACCAAGAGUUGGGCAAAGACGUCACCGAUGACGAUAUUGCUGAAAUGUUGUGCAACACAUUUGCUCUCUACAGCUCGGAAUGCUCCCAGUCUGGAGCUUGUACUCAAUGGAGAAAUGGAUUCUUCUAUAAGAACAGAACUUGUGAGCUGACAUGUAAGCAGGACGAGAUAUACACUGAGUGUGGAUCAAGUUGUCCCAAAACAUGUACCACGAUGUACCACAUGAUAGCUGAAUCAUGCUUUACCGAACCAGAGGCCGGUUGCCAGUGCGAACUGGGAAAAUACCUCCAAGAUGGUAAAUGUGUAACCCCCGACGAAUGUGGAUGUUUCUAUAACAACGAGCUUUACGCAGCCGGUAGUGUCGUCCCAAACGGAUGCAACAAAUGCACAUGUGACAAAGCUAGAUGGACAUGUACCCAGGACCCUUGCCCGAAGACUUGUGCUAUCAUAGGAUUUACGCACAUCGUUACCUUUGACCAGACUUUCUUCUACACUUCUUCCAACACAGGCUGUCAGUACAUCAUGGCUGAGAGCACUGGAAACGAGGACAGCAGAUUCAAUAUACAGAUCGCAAUCAAAUUAGCCUCCUACAAUACACUGAACGGAAAGACCUACCAGCGAGUUGGCGGGAUAACCGUUACAGCCGGUGACUAUUUAUUUGAAGUUUCCGUGGAAAAGAAUGGAGACACCAUCGCGCUACCUGAUAGCACUAAUGGAAAUAUUGAAUUCCGCGAAGCAUCUGAUCUAUUCCAUGAGAUCUUUGGAUACGGCUUCACUGUACUCAUAGCCCGAAAUCGAAUCUACAUUACCCUUGCACCGGGCUUCCAGACUAAAGGCUUGUGUGGAACACCGGAUGGGCAAGCAACGAAUGAUAUGACAAAUAGGAAUGGUAUCCCAGAGAGCAAUAUGCAGGCUUUCAUGUCUGGCUUCAGUAAAACCUGCGAUGAAAAUGCAGGCCAUAAUAAUGAUUUAGAUGCUGUAAAGGAUUCUGCUAAUUGCCCAUCAAGUGUGAAGAGCAUAGUUCUUUCCAACUGUACAGCUUACGUCAAAGAAUUGCUCAACAUCGAACCGGGCAAAUGUGGCCUGAAUGCUGAAAUAAUCAGAAAGCACGACCAAAUGUGCGUCGCCGAUGGAUGCACUGCGCCUAACCUCGAUGAUAUCAACGACGCGUUGUGCAUGCACGCCCAGGCACUCGUAUUUCAAUGCUCCCUAAAGGGCCAGUACCUGGACAUUCAAAAUAACCCUAACUACGACAAUUUGAAGGAACAGUGUCCAGAAUUCGAUUGCGCAGAUCUGAUAUACCGAACCGAUUUACCAUGUAAGAGGACCUGCAAAGAUGUCACUAUGCGUUCCCAGUGCUAUCUUCACGAGACACAAAUCUCUGGAUGUGGAUGCCCCGAUGGUACCGUAUUGGAUCCAAACAAUGAAUGUAUUGAACAGAUGGAUUGUCCCUGCUACGACCAUAAUGAUGAUUCCUACUAUGAACCUGGUACUGAAAGGACAAUGAAUUGUAGAAACUGUGAAUGUAUCAAUGGAGAAUGGAUUUGCGAUGCCCAAGAAUGUACUGAUAUACAAUGCCCGAACAAUCAGGAGUAUAUCAGCCCUGAAUCUGGUGUCUGUCCCAAGACAUGCUUGAUUUACGAUCGUGCGGAUGAAUGUGAUUACUACGGAUGUGGAUGUCCCAAUGGAACCGCCAAGAAUGAGGAGGGUGCAUGUAUCGCUCCCGAGGAGUGCCCUUGUUACCAGGGAGGUCAGGUGUUCCCCACGCAUUCAACGACAUCUAUUGGUUGCCAUAAAUUUGUUUGCGAGAAUCGUGUCUGGAUAAAAGAUACAUCUGCAGAGGUCGAUUGCCCAGCGGUGUGCAUCAUUUCUGGUGAUCCUCAUUACCAGACUUUUGAUGGUACAAGAUACGCGUUCCAAGGCACUUGUCAAUAUACGGCGUUCCGUAUCAAGGAAUCCGACAUACAAGUGGAUGUCGAGAACGUUGCUUGUGGGUCCGCAGGGGUCAGUUGUACCAAAUCCGUUACCGCGACUUUAACAAACGGAAGGAAAGUCCAUAUGAUCAGAGGACAGGGCGUUCGAUUUACAUCGACGAUUUUUGAGGAAUCCGAAUCAGUAAGCGGUCCUUCUGAAACCGUGGAUUUGUCAAGUGGAACUUGGACCGAGGGUGGCUCUAAUGUAACCAUUUCUCAGAUGGGAUUGUGGAUUACCCUCAAGACACUCGAGUUUACCCUUUAUUGGGACGAGGGGAUGAGGUUAAUGAUUGAAGUUCACUCAAGCAUGAAAUACAGAACAGAGGGUUUGUGCGGUUCUUACAACGACAACAGCGACGAUGACUUUAAGUCCCAGGCAGAUAUUGUUGAAACCGCCAUUCAGUUUGCCGACACUUGGAAGGUUACGUCAGAGAACUGUCCACCAACUGAGGAAACAGAAAGCCAGUGUACCGAGACUGGUGCCCUGUCUCAUAGGUUACCAUGGGCACAAGAAAGUUGUUCAGUUAUCAAGACUGGUACACUGUUCGAGACCUGUCGACAAAAACUACAAUCUGAUGUUGUAAAUGGCUAUUAUGAGGAAUGUCUGCUUGAUUCGUGCAGCUGUGAUAGCGGAGGUGAUUGCGAGUGUUUGUGUACAGCGAUUGCAAACUUUGGAGAGGAAUGUAAUAGAGUCGGUAGCCCUGUACGAUGGCGAUCACAACACAUGUGCCCGAUCCAGUGCGACUAUGGGCUCGUCUACCAAGCCUGUGCCAUGCCUUGUGAGAGUACGUGCAAGGACCUGAUGUUCGCGACGGAUGAGGGGAAAUGCCUAGAGACUAUGUGCCUGGAAGGAUGUUAUUGUCCCGAAGGUGAAAUGAUGGAAGAUGGUAAAUGUAUUCCUGUUACGGAAUGCCCAUGCUAUAUGGAAAAUGGUGAGCGGUUUGAAGUUGGGUCUUCUUUUACAAGGACCUGCAUGGAUUGUGUCUGUGUUUCUGGAAAGUUUGAAUGCACUCCACAGCUCAACUGCAGCGAGUGUCUCGAAAGUGAGUUCUUCUGUAAUAUUUCCAAGCAGUGUGUCCACGAUUACCAGGUUUGCGAUGGCGAAAGUGAUUGCGAUUACAACGAAGAUGAGGAAAAUUGUGAGAGAACGUGCGGCCCCAACGAAUUCCAGUGUGACGAUGGAAAUUGCACCGAUAUCGCAUUCAAGUGUGAUUAUUUCCCUGAUUGUGCUGAUAACAGUGACGAAUCAAGUGAACUAUGCAUUGAAACCUGUAUUGGUGCAACCUGUGACAAUGGCGAUUGUAUUGAUCAUCUAUCGUACAUUUGUGAUGGAGUUCCCGAUUGUUCUGAUGACUCGGACGAAAAGAACUGUACAGAAGAAUGUUUGAGUCCAAACUUCCGGUGCAGUACUGGAAAAUGUCUUGGGGAAGAGAUGCUUUGUGAUACGCACGAUGACUGUGGAGACGGCGAAGACGAGGCCGGUUGCUCUACUACAAGUGCACCAACUACAACAGUUGCAACAACACCCACGAUGACUUCCACAGCGGGGACCAGUACACCUAUACCAUCAACCACACCUGAAUUUA